GGAAGUUAGUCAGCCAAGAGCCUCAAUCGGGAACAAAAGUGUCAGAAACUCCUUGUGGCUUCGCAGACAGUGGAUGUGAACAAGUCCUCAUGCUCACAAGAGACAGCUUCUACUACAGGUGUAUACAAGUAGCAACACUCCUGUGAAGAAAACAAAUGAUGAAAUGGUAGAUUAAAAUUUAUUCCUGCCCUGCUGGGAUCAUUGUGGAAGAUGGAGAACCUUCCAGAGGAUGUGAUGGAAAAUAAUACUCUGAACUGCACCAUUGACCACAAAAUACAUCAGAUAUUAUCACCUGUGAUAUACAUACUUGUAUUUAUAGUAGGACUCCCAGCCAACUGCCUUUCACUGUACUAUGCCUACUUGCAGGUUAAGGUCAAGAAUGAACUUGGAAUCUACCUUUGCAAUUUGACUGUAGCAGACCUGUUUUACAUCUUUUCCCUGCCAUUUUGGAUCCAAUAUGUCCUACAGCAUGACAACUGGACUUAUGAUGAAUUUCUAUGCAAAAUUUGUGGAAUUCUUUUGUAUGAAAACAUUUACAUUAGCGUGGGUUUCCUCUGCUGCAUUUCAAUUGACCGUUACCUAGCUGUGGUACAUCCUUUUCGCUUCUACCAGUGUCGCACAAUGAAGGCAGCCAUCAUGGUGAGCAUUGUCGUCUGGACCAAGGAAAUUCUGACGUGCUGGUUUGUUUUUAAGCAUGGUGAAGUCAGCAAGGACUCAGAGAGCCACAUUGUGUGUUUUGAACACUAUCCCAUCAAAAACUGGGAGCACAACAUCAAUUAUUACCGUUUUGCUGCUGGCUUCAUAUUUCCAUUCUCCCUGCUGCUUUUUUCUUACUGUGGCAUUUUGAGAGUCGUACGCAAGAGUCAUGGCACUCAGAAGAAAAAGAAGAUUCAAAUCAAGCGUCUGGUUUCAAGCACAAUUGUUAUUUUCUUGGUUUGCUUUGGGCCAUAUCAUGUUCUAUUGUUGGCGCGAAGCCUUUUUGAGAGAAACUGUGAAUUUGCUGCUGCAAUCUUUGACAGCUACCAUUUUUCACUCUUGCUAACUACUUUCAACUGUGUUGCAGACCCAAUAUUGUACUGCUUUUCCAGUGAGAACACCUACCAGGACUUUGCCAAAAUAGGAGGCACCUGUUUAAGGUGCCUAAGAUGCACGCAGAUAGAAACUAAGGAAUCUUACCAGCUGAAUACUCCAGAAACCUUCCGAAAAAUCACAGAAGAGACUGAGCUCUAUCCAGAGUUGUUAGAUAAACCACACGUUGUUCAUAAAAUAGAGGAAACGACAACCAACGCUUUUCCAAAAUGAAAAGUGAUCUAAUAUCUCCAUGUAUACAUUUGUUCACUUCUCUUUUUGAUAUAUAAUUGUAUGGGAAUCAUUCAUUAUACCCAUACAGGAAUCUACAGUUUAAAAAUAUAAUACACUAUGCUAAGCUGAUCAUCUUCUUUCCACAUGGGGAAUCCCUUAGUUCUUGAAAUGUCAUUCAGAGCUUUAUCACUGAGCCCUUUUGGGGAGGGCGGCAUAUAAAUUGAACCAAAUAAAUGAAUAAAUUCACAAGCAAAUUAUCCUUUGCAGUUCAAUGUCACCCUAUGCAUACGGUUAACUGAGUUCAUUUCUAGUCAUGGAAAGGACCUAAGGAACUAAUAACGUUAAGUAUUGUAGAUUUAAGAACUUUUGUGUCCUGGUGAAUCAGACAAAUGGUUUACCUAGUCUGACCUAGUUCGUACAAUACUUAGGUGUCCCCAGAAGGUCUGGAAGAGCCCAGAGUUACCUCUUGUUAUCAUCACCCAGAUCCAUUACCUUUGAACACAGAAGACCCAUUUAGCAAUCGUGGCUAAAAACAGAAAUAUGUGAAGCGUUGAAAUGUGUUUGAAAGGAAGUUGGGUCAGACACCAGUUAAAAUUAGAGUACUUAGUACUGUUUGGUAAUAGAGGCCUACCUGAGAGAAUUCAGAGCAUUCAUUCUAUGUUAUAAAGGCUUCAGAUCUGUUUCUGGACAAUCAAAUACAAAAACUGUUUAUAUGUUUACAUUAAAAUUGAAAUAUUUCA